CCCGGCCCACGGACUGUAAUUACAAUGAGCUCUGUUCAAGUAAAUAUUUGCUGUGCUUCAGCACGAACUCAGUACCGAGCCAAAUUACGCCACCUGUUAAGUCCCCGUGUCUUAGAAUUCAAGUACUUCUCAGGUAAGCUUAAGGGAGGUGGGCUACUUUAGCACUUUUUGUGUGCUUAAACCCAAAUACGCAGCUCCUUUUGUCCUAUUACUGCUAUCUCAAUAUGCGGAUAUCUAGGCUAGUGUCAG